AUGGAUUCCAAACCGGCCGGUUUAGCUGUUGUUAUCUUUAUGCUUCUGUUCAUCCAAAUCCUUAGCCCAGCUGGUGUUUAUGGAGAUAUCACCGGAGUCUGUUACGGCCGCAACGGCAACAAUCUCCCGUCGCCGGCAGAUACCAUAGCUUUAUACAAAAGCAACAAAAUCGACGCCAUUCGUAUUUACGAGCCCUUCGCCGAUAUGCUCGAAGCGCUCCGUGGAUCAGGUCUCCUCGUUGCGUUCGGUCCUCGAAACGAAGAAAUCCAACCACUAGCCCAAGACCCAGCCGCCGCAACCAUUUUCGUCGGCAAUUGGAUCCUGCCUUACAAAAACGACGUCGCUAUCAAAUGGAUCACGAUCGGUAACGAGGUCCUCCCCGGAGAAAUCGCUCCCUUUGUCGCCGCCGCGAUCCGGAACGUAAACGCCGCGCUAACACUUCUCGGCGUCACAGGGAUCUCUGUCACGACGGUCGUUCCAAUGAACGCGUUGGCCAAUUCGUAUCCCCCUUCCGCCGCGACUUUCCUCCCGGAAUUGACCGAAAUCAUGGCGGAGAUUGCAUCGAUUCUCUCGCAGACGAAUUCGCCUCUCAUGGCGAACAUUUACCCGUAUUUCGCUUACGCGUCAGAUCCAGCUCAGAUCCCACUCGAUUACGCCGUUUUCAAAUCCCAAACGCCGGUGGUGAUUGACGGGGAUUUGACGUACACCAACAUGUUCGAGGCGAUGGUUGACGGAUUCAACGCGGCUUUGGAGAAGGUCAACGCCGGAAACGUGGUGGUGAUGGUGGCGGAAUCUGGGUGGCCGACGGAAGGAAAUCCACCGUACACGAGCGUCGAGAACGCGGCGGCGUACAAUUCGGGGCUUCGGACAUGUGGAGGAGCUCUCCGUAUGCGAACACCUCGCCGGCCGGAGACGCCGGUGGACGUGUUUCUGUUCGAAAUGUUCAGGGAGAAUGAGAAAGAGGGUCCGGUGGAGCAGAGCUUUGGCAUGUUUGCGCCGGAUAUGACUCCAGUCUAUAACCUCAAUUGUCUUUAG